AUGGUUAGCCAAAGCUUCUCUUCGGGGCCGCCGCCUCGCCGAAAUGAGUUUCCCAUCGACGACAUCCCCCCCACCCAGAUUCCGGAAGAAAUCUCAACGCAGCUUUUCCCUAAAACGAGCAUCUCUCCGCCGCUCUGUCGCAGGCGUCGCUCGGUGGCGCCCAUCAUACGUCCCUCCAAGGACUCCAUCUACGACAUUCUUCAUCAGCACCCCGGCACCUCGCUCUUUGUGCGGCCUUUUCUCUGGACUGACCAACACACCACGCUCCUCGGCGCACGGUUCUGCGAGCUGCCUCGUUGCGACACCCCCCUCCCGAAUAACGUGCCUGGAUCACCGCCUUCAAGAGGACACGUGCGGCCGUCACCCGCCAUCAAAACGUUGAGCCAUUCUCUUAGUGAGAUGCUGCUUCCGGUUUCCAUGUUUCCCGUGAACGCGGAGGCAGUCACGGACCUCAUGUCGACCUUGUGGCCCGCCGCCUUCUCCGGCAAGUCCUACAGGUCACCCGAGCUGCCCAUGUUCUUCGGAGAUCGAGUGUAUCGCGACGCCGCCCGAGCGCACGUCAUGUGGAGCUAUCCAGCGAGCAACUCUCCAUCAAUUCACAGCUCUGUUGGCUCGGUAUCAACUGGCUCCUCGACCCCCGCUGGCCACAACCCCGCCAAUCUGCCCAUGAUGUGCUACAUCAACCGGGAUUCGCUCCUCCACAUGCGGCAAAACAUCUUCCGAGUCGUGCCGGGUCCUGGCCAGACUAGCAACGAAUCUGUUCGCCGCCUACAGCAAGCCAGAUCAAAGGCUCUCUUGCCAGCGAAUUCGGACCACGAUGCUCAAUUCAUGGCCAUAUUCCUCGCCAUGGCGCAGCGGCACUUUUACAAGCCACCCGGGCCCGCAGUUCAGAGAGACACCCGAUGGUGGACUGCAGAGGGUCCUCCGCCGCGCCCCGACUUUCACGACAUGAAAUUGAGGAUACUGACACACGAAACCGACACUGCCGACUUUAUACUGUACACGGGGCACGUGACGGCCAAGUUCCUCGAAAGGUUCCACGACCCAUUCAAGGCUCCCCUCGACGACGACGGCAGCGUUCCCGGCCUCAAGAUAGAGUACACGAGGAUACCAAUAUGGCCCAUUCUGGGCCUGCGAGAGCGGCUAGGCAAGGCGCUCGGCGAGGACAUUGUCGGCCCCUUUGACCCGACCAUUAUGGAAACCUGGUACGACGACGAAGCGGAAAAGGAGGCUCACAAGAACGGCAAACGGAAGCGCGGGGCCCUAUCCGAGGUUUUUAACGGAAGCUUCGAGGAGGGGACCGACGACGAGUCGGGGCUUCUCAGCGUCAAGCGGAAGAGGCUCGCACCGGCGUUGUUGUGUAGGCGGGAUUGA